AUGGAGACUUACCGAGAUAAAGGCAUUAUGCGGGCCGGAACAUACGUGCUGUUGAUUACAUCGCCCUUGAACGCCGCUCUUAACUAUGUAUUCUGCUACACAUUCGAAAUCGGUCUCCUAGGUGCCCCUCUAGCAACAGGUCUCUGUUACUGGCUCUCCUUUGCCCUGCUUGUUCUCUACGCGCGCUUCAUCCGCGGCUCAGAGUGCUGGGGCGGAUGGUCCCGCGAGGCGUUUCAAAACCUACGCACAUUCGCCCGUCUCGCUCUUAUGGGGGUUGUUCACGUUGGAACGGAAUGGUGGGCUUUUGAGAUUGUCGCUUUAGCCGCUGGACGCCUAGGCACUGUUCCGUUGGCUGCUCAGAGUGUUGUAAUGACUGCCGACCAAGUUCUCAACACGAUUCCUUUCGGAAUUGGGGUCGCGACAUGCGGCCGUGUCGGCAAUCGUCUCGGGAAGAGGGAUAAAACUGGCGCUGCACGGGCGGCACACACCUCUGCCCUGCUCAGCGUGGUUUUCGGUGGAGUUGUGCUGGCGGUUCUCAUGGGGACGCGAGAACAAUUUGCGAAGAUCUUUAAUGACGAUGCUAGUGUUGUGAAUCUUACGGCUGAGGUGUUGCCCUAUGUGGCACUUUUUCAGAUUGCCGAUGGGCUUAAUGGGAGUUGUGGAGGGAGUCUACGAGGAAUGGGACGGCAGCAUGUGGGUGCUUUUGUUAAUUUGGUGAGUUACUAUUGUGGUGCGUUGCCGUUGGGUAUCUGGCUUGCAUUCCAUGGCAGGGGGCUUAAGGGAUUGUGGGUUGGCCAGUGCACUGCGUUAUAUUUAGUCGGAGCGCUUGAGUGGAUCAUCGUUGCGCGCAGUCAAUGGGAUACUGAGGUGCGCAAGGCCUUUCAACGUAUGGAUGUACAUGAGGAUUUGGAGGACGGGGCGGAAGAAGAGUAG